AUGGUGCGCUGGAGGCAGCAGUGGUUGGAGAAUGGCACGCUGCUGUUUCACAUACAUCACCAGGAUGGCAGUGUGAGCCUGCCGGAACCAACCGAAGACCCUGCCAACAAUUCUGCCAAAGAGGAGAUCCGAAUCCUGCACAUUUCUGUCAUGGGCGGGAUGAUUGCUCUUCUGCUCUCCGUGCUGUGCCUGGUCCUCAUCCUGUACACCAGGAGGCGCUGGUGCAAGCGUCGCCGUAUUCCGCAGCCCCAGAAGAGCGCCAGUGCAGAAGCAGCGAAUGAGAUCCACUACAUUCCGUCAGUCCUGAUGGGGGGACAGGCCCGCGAGAGCCUCAGGAACUCCAGGGGACAGGGGCCCAACAGCGGCACCCUCAGCAUCAGGGAGACCCCAAUACUGGAUGGAUACAAGUAUGAGUAUGACAUCACUGACCUGAGGCACCACCUGCAGCGCGAGUGCAUGAACGGUGGAGAGGAGUUCUCCAGUCAGGUCACCCGCACUUUGGACUCACUGCAGGGCUGCAACGACAAGAACAACAUGGACCUCACACCUGUGAGCGACAACACAAAGCUGGCUCUGAUGAAUAAAUACAAGGACAACAUCAUUGCCACGAGCCCAAUCGACAGCAACCACCAACAGAACACACUCCUACCUCACAACACGUCCACCAGUCAGCGCAAGAGGCUGUCCAGCAAUACCAGAGCGGGUUCCACUUUCUUGAACCCAGACGGAGACUCUGGGACGGAGGCGGACAGCGAGCCUCAGCUGGCCUAUUACACUGACCCAAACCGCAGUCGGCGCCGCAGUCGAGGUAUGAGAAACGGUAACGCCAACAGCGUGUGGGGCUCCGGGGCAGGUUCCCCACGAAGCCCCAUCAAUAAGACCACCCUGACUCUCAUCAGUGUCAUCAGCUGCGCCCUGGGCCUAGUGUACGCCUCUCAUCUGGCCUGCAGUCUGUCGGUGCGGGUGAUCCUCCACGUGCCAGAGCACCUCAUUGCCGACGGCUCACGGUUCAUCUUGCUCCAGGGCAGUCAGCUGGAUGCGUCUGAUUGGCUGAACCCGGCUCAGAUCUUGUUGUAUUACCAGCAGAACGCCAGCGGGCCCUGGGUGAAUGAGCUGUGUGGACGGCGCCUGCUCGACCCCUGUGAGCACCAGUGUGAUCCUGACACAGGAGAAUGCCUCUGUCUGGACGGCUACAUGAGGGACCCAGUGCACAAGCACCUCUGCAUACGCAGCGAGUGGGGACCCAACCAGGGUCCUUGGCCUUACACCAUCUUCCAGAGAGGUUUUGAUCUAGUGAUGGGAGAACAGCCCUCUGAUCGCAUUUUCAGAUUCACCUACACGUUGGGAGAGGGCAUGUGGCUUCCGCUGAGUAAAAGCUUUGUCAUUCCUCCCGCUGAACUCGCCAUCAACCCGUCAGCCAAAUGUAAGACCGACAUGACAGUGAUGGAGGACGCUGUGGACGUACGGGAGGAGUUGAUGAUCAGCUCGUCCUUCGACUCCCUGGAGGUGUUGCUGGACUCGUUUGGUCCGGUCAGAGACUGCACCAAAGAUAACGGAGGCUGCAGCAGGAACUUCCGUUGCAUUUCCGAUCGCAAACUGGACUCCACUGGUUGCGUGUGA